GAUUGGUGGGUAGAAACUUGAUGGUGUGAACGUAUAUGGAACUACAGAGACAGUUGUCCUAUUCGAACGUUGAGGUUAUGUCGUUCUUCAGUGACUGAAUGAAAAAAUAUGUAUUUAAUAUUAAUAAAAAUAACACGACAGAAACAACUUAAAUAUAAUAUAGAAGUUUUAACAUGAAGAACGACACAGUGACUAUUCUAUUUAAAUUGAUUUUAUAUUUUAUUCUUACAAUACCUUAUACUAAUACAGAUGAUGAAACUGUUUUAAGUUCUGUUAAUACUCUUAUUCUAAAUAUAUCUAAUGGAGUUUAUCAAAAAAAUGAUAAUUCUGAUGAAAAUGCGUCUAGCAUAGCAUCUGCUGUUGAACUUAUUUUAGAACCUAGUGUAAAUAUUGAAGAGAGUGUUAAAGUUGCCAUAGAUUUUGAGAGUCUCGAGGGUCAAAGUAGACCCAAUAUUGAAAACGACAAGUCUGAUUUACCAAAUAGAGUUUCUACUGAUGAUACGCCAGUUUUGUUGUCAACAGAAAGCUCGACGGUGGAGUUGGAUCAACUCCCGGAAAUUUCUGUAGUAAUAACUAGUCAAAGUGAAGAAAUAUCUUCAAAGAAGAUAGUAGUAACAGAAAACGAUAACAUUCCAAUUAAUAUUUCCAUUAACGGUACAGAAACCGAUAUAAUUCAAAAUAACAUCGAAUUAGAAAAAAAUGAAACCGAAGUAAAAUCGGAGGAUAUGCCCUCAUUUUCUGAAUGGGCGCAAAAAAGGUUGGAAGAGGUGGAAAAAAAUGAACAGGUCAAUUCGACUAAAGGUCAUCAAACCACUAAUGGGAAAGCUCAAAACGCCAAACUCCGUUGGAAAAAUUACGCUUCGUUAGAUUGCGGAGCGAAAGUGGUAGCUGCGAAUCCGGAAGCCGUCAGUCCAGGGGCGAUUUUAUCGCCUUCGAGCGACGAAUACAAAUUGAAUCCUUGCACGAGUCGCAUCUGGUUCGUGGUAGAACUGUGCGAGGCUAUACAAGCCAAAAAAAUCGACCUCGCCAAUUACGAAUUGUUCUCGUCGUCGCCGAAAGAAUUUACGGUUUCCGUCAGCGAGAGAUUUCCCACUCGAGAUUGGGCCCUAAUUGGGAAAUUUACGGCCGAAGAUGAAAGAGAUAUCCAAAGUUUCGAUUUAGAUACGGAACUGUUUGGAAAAUAUAUUAAAGUCGAGAUCAAAUCUCAUUACGGGUCCGAGCAUUAUUGUCCCAUUUCCUUGUUUCGGGCAUACGGAGCUUCGGUUUUCGAAGUUCUUCAAAAAGAAGACGCCGCCAACGUAAACCGACCGGACGACGACGACGACGAAGAUGACGAAGAAAACGGCUUAAAUCCAACGCAAAACGACAAAAAAAAUCUAUUCAGUUCAGCAACGGACGCCGUAAUGUCCGUAGUUAAAAGAGCCGCCCAAAUAUUGGGUACCAAAACCGACGAACAAACGCCCAAUACGAAAAACGCCGCGGCGGCAGGAGCCCUAAUAAACACCUGCAGUUCCCCGAGACACGUCAUCGGUUGCGAAACCUGCAACGAAACCCUAUUCGGCAAAAUAUACGAAUUACUCAGCUGCAAAUCGGCGGAAAUCAAACGUUUAGUCGGCGUACCCUCCGUCUACGAUACCCUGACAUCGUCGUCGAUAUGCAAAAAAUUCGGUUACCACUUUAAAAAUUCCACCGAAAGGAACCAUCUGAUAAAAAAUAUCGAAGCCUUCUUUCCCGAACAUUACGUCGGGGCGAUGUGCAACGAAGCGGCCAUCGUCGAAAACACCGGAGUCGUCAACGUCAGUCAAUUAUUCCGGAACGUAACCUCGAAUAUACCGGGAGAUAAUAUCGUCGACGUCGCCGAUACCCGAGACGAAGUUAUAAUAACGGAACGGGCGACAUCUAUCGAUAAUACGGAAAAUAAAACGUGGAAAUAUUUUCCGGCCGACGAAAUAAAACCGACCAAGACUUUAACGGUAAACGAGAACGUCACCAAAACGGAUACGCCCGACGGAAACGGUACGAAAAAGGAUACGGAAAUUGCGGAUACUUAUACGGAGGGUGUCGUUAGCGACGGAGCGUUCGUUAACGACGGUUACAUGUCGACGGAAAGUAGCGACGUUUUGGACGAUCAGUUUAUAUCGGAUUUUACGACCGAAGGUCAAAAUCAAAAUUUGGUCAGUUCCUCGUCGGCUAAUAGUCCUCAAGCGGCGAAAGAAUCCAUUUUUUUGAGGUUAUUUAAUCGGAUCAAGGCGCUGGAAAGGAACAUGUCGCUGUCGAGUCAAUACUUGGAGGAAUUGAGUAAACGUUACAAAAAGCAAGUGGAAGAGAUGCGCGAAGAAACCCAAAAGCGAGACGAGCUCAACAAACAACUCGAAGAACGUCUCCACAAAUUAACGACCGCCAUUGAAAAUAUGACGGCCGAACGAAGGACGUUCCUCGCCAUCGCGUACUGUUUACUUUUUCUCGGCUUUGCCUGUUGUUGCGUUUGUUUUUUUUGCGGCAAACGCUCGGAUUGUUCGCGAGACAUCGAAAAAAGCGUUGAGGCUGCUCGUCGUAAGUCUGUCGACGAAUUGAAAACCGCCGAUAAAGAAGAGAAGAAACGUCGUCCGAGCGAUCAAGUUUUGAAGAUCGUUCGUUAUUGUUCGUUAAACGAAGACGAUCGAUUGAAGAGAAUACGAAAAAAGAAGAAGAAAGUUCGUCAUAACCGGUCGAUAUCUUUGGAUAGUAUAAAAUUGAAAAAUAGAUGGCAGGAAGAGAAGGAAACGACGCCGACGCCGACUAAUAAAAUAGAAGAAGUGCCGGUGGUUUUGGACGAAAGCGACAAUUCCAUAUUGGAUGGUUGUAAAUUAUCGAAAGAAGUCGAUGUCAAAUCUAGUCAGAUUGAAAUCGAGAGUAAUCUAACGAAUUAUACGAAUAUUAUUUCUAAUGAACCCGUUAAGAAAGAGAAGAAGAGCUUAAAAAGGCUGUUGAAAAAAGUUUUUUAACUAUUUCAUUUUAUUUCUCUCAAACCCCCCUGUAUAUUACUUAUUGUUUACUUAUACUGUAAUUUAUUUAAAUAUAUAAUUUUUUUGAAUC